GGCAUAGAGAGCAGACGUACGCAGGUGACAAGUAGAGACUUUUGAGCAGUGGACUGACAAGACACUGCAACUGCACACGGGGCUGUUCAACACGAACCAUGGUGCAGCACACGGGGAUCAGCGAAGCGGAUGGCGUGUCCAGAGAAGCGACCGACUCCGAUGAAAGUGAGUUCAUGGCAUGCAGCCCGGUGUCGAUAAACCCGGACUGGUGCAAGACAGCAACGGGACACAUCAAGAGACCGAUGAACGCGUUCAUGGUGUGGUCUAAAAUCGAGCGGAGAAAGAUCAUGGAGCAGUCUCCGGACAUGCACAACGCAGAGAUCUCCAAACGCCUGGGCAAGCGCUGGAAAAUGUUGAAGGACUGCGAAAAGAUACCUUUCAUCAGGGAAGCCGAGAGGCUCCGAUUGAAACACAUGGCUGAUUAUCCUGAUUACAAAUACAGACCCAAGAAAAAGCCAAAGCUGGACAGUUCCUCAAAGACGUCGACGCCGUCUCUGGAGAAGUGCAACAAAAUGCCCAGGAACUCCGCUAAGAGGUGUUCAAAACUCAAAGCGAGUAAGACGGGAACCAAGUCGCAUCACGGCUACGGAGAUGAGUUCGCAUUCAAGAGCAUGAAAGUUUCAAAGAUUGUUAUAAAAAGCGAAUUCACGGACGAAGAUGACGACGACGACUAUGAGGAGGACUCUCGAGUCCGAGUCAAGGAGGAGGAGGAAGAGGAGCAGAUCCAAGCGUACAACGUAGCGAAAGUUCCCGCCAGCCCGACUUUGAGUUCGUCGACGGAAUCGGAGGGCGCGAGCAUGUACGAGGACGUCCGAAACGACGCGUCCAACAACAACAGACUCUUUUACAACUUCAAAAAUAUCACCAAGCAGAGCACAAUGUACCCCGCAUCCGUCUCACCAGCAUCCUCGCGGUCGGUGUCCACUUCGUCCAGCUCGAGCGAAGACGCGGACGACUUGCUGUUUGACUUCAGCGUGAACUUCGCCUCGUCCACGCAAAGCUCGGAGCAACAUUCAGGGAAUCUGUCCCUCUCUCUGGUGGAUAAGGAGUUGGAGUCUUUCAGUGAGGGCAGUCUGGGUUCUACUUUGAAUUUCCAGACUACUGUACGCCCGAGCUCAGCGAAAUGAUAGCAGGGGACUGGCUCGAAGCGAACUUUUCUGACUUGGUUUUUACUUACUAAAUAAGACAUGAAUAAUAACAGAUGGGAUAGAUUGAAUGCUAUAUUCUGUACAUGUUUCUUACCCCUGCCGCCUUUUGGUCUUGUACCUAUAGGGGCUUUGGGAAGGAGGCGGGGAGAGGUUUGAGGAAUUAGAUGCUUAUGAAGCUGGUACUGUAGCAAAAAAAAAAAAAAAAAAUGAAAUAAAAAAAAAGUCUGCAGAGUUUUUUCUUUCUGGCAGCAUGACAGGGUUUUAUGGAUUUUUUUCUGUAGGUCUGCAGUUACUGUUCAACUAAAGCGGACCGCAAAGGGAAAAUCUGAGAACUUCUAUGCAUCUUUUACCCUCUUUCUAACUGCAGGGAGCUGAAAAUGUAAAGACUGUGGACUGAUCUGUGAACUGUUACUGUUCAGGACGUUAAUUUCAGACGUUUAGUCAUUUAUAAAUGCCAGAACCUUUUUUUUUUUUUUUUUUUUAACUGAUUCUGUUUACCUACUGGUUUAAACUUAAGCAGCCUAAACUUCUCCAGAGUUGCAGGUGUUCGACGAAGCAUUUUGAUACAUAACAGACCUCAUCUUUUUAAAAUAAAGCAAACUAUUUUCAGGCAUAUUUUUGUACAGUUCAAAAAGGGAAUGUUCUUACUGGGCACUCAGUGAGUUUCAGGCACUUCAUCCCUUUAUCGUUUGUUUUAGCAUGCAAGGGAGUCCUGGGACUAAGGAUUAAGUUGUAAUGAAAACUUGCAUAGAAAAUGCCUUGUGAUUUUAAGUUUGGUUUUGUACAGCUGUAGAUCAAAUUUGUCGAGUAUUUGUAGAACAUGUGGCAUUGGGGAGGGGGGCGAGAUGCAUACCUCAGUGCUGGUAUUAGUUUCAAGAUUGUAUAUGUACUGUAAAUUAGUAAAGUUAGGAGUUUAUGUAUAUCAUACUCGUGAUAUGUGGGUGGGUCCCAAAUCGCAGGUGUGAGACUGGAUAUUUUUUUCUUUCUUUCUAAAGGCACAUACUGUUUCCCCUUCAUUUUUCGUGCAAUAUAUUUACUUGUAAAUGCAGACCAUCUACAUUUUUUUUUUUUUGCAUUUUUGUAGCAGAUGAUGGACAGACUUGUGCUCUGUCAACAUCAUUAUUUGUCAUGAUGCUGAAGUCACUGAUGAAUAAAUAAAUCAGCUGGAACUGAUAGUAACUGAAUAUGGUCAAGCAGUGUGAUGUUUUUCUGUGGAGGAAAAACCCCACCACACCAUUUCUCUUUAAAAUAGCCCACAGAAUUAGACUAUUGAUGUCCAAAUCUAAAAGUUAAUAAUUUUUUUAAAUUUGCCAUUAUGGGCAAAUAAUGAAUGUCGGUGGUCUGGCAAAAGGAAAAACCAAGAAAGCAAAAAAGGUACAUUCCAUAUCCUCGUUUCAUAAGAUGAAACAUUUUAUUUACGACUUAAGACUGCCACCUUUUCUAUUAAAAAACAACAACAACAACAACCAUAAACCUGUACUUUUAUUUCUUGCACUUAAACAUAUUUUGUUUAUUUUUAUGUGGGUCUUACAUGAAGUCUGUUUUGAUACAAGGUUUGGAAUAUGAUGGACUAUUUGACAGGAAAAAUGGUAAAGUACUAAGCAGUCCAGCCUCACGUUCCAAAUGUGAAUCUCUCUUUGACUCAUCUUUUAAUAAACAAAUACU